AUGUUAAGUUUUGCAUUGAAAGGUGGUAUCCCUAGUCGAACAUCUUGUAUGCCAGAUCUUGAAAUCUUGAAAUUGGUAAGCAAGAUCUUAUCAAGAUCUUCAAAAGAUAUUUUUCAUGUAUAUAUCUUGACCAUAUCAAAUAAAAUCUAUAUCCAAGAUCAUGGCAACAUCUGUUCAAAGAUUCUUACAAAUCAAGAUCUUACGAGGGAACUACCCGAGGUGCUAAAAAGCUUUUGGGUCGGGGAUGUGAUGAUUAGAUAGGAUAUAGCUAGGAGUGAUAUACCCUAAGCUAGUUCGUCCCCAAGUUGCUUCUGGCAGGAGUUAUGAAUUUUUCAAGUUAUAAGCAAAAUGUGCGUUUUUGCCCCUAAAUGUUUUUUUUCAAAGAGAGAAUAACGUAUUAAACUGAAAGUUUUGUUAUGCCUAGGGUGUGGGUGUGGAUGUGUAUGUGGGUGUCAGUGUUCCUUCACAUAAACACACUCACACCCAAUUACAAAAGUAUAUUUUUCAGAUCUGGUGAAAAAAAGAAGGAAGCAAUGUUACAUCUCUUUAACAGAUAGUAUAUCUUAACUCGAGAAUAGGCUGAAAAAACAUGUACAAACAAUGCUUUUGUCAUUAAAUAAUGAAACAUGAAAAGCUAUUAAGUUAGGGAAAAGUUUUUAAAAUAGUCUUUCUGGUCAUAUCUGUGUUCUUUUGACAUGAAACUUUCAAAUAAGAAAGAGUAUUGGUCGAGAUAGAUAUAACAAAAAUUUCAGUUUGAUAUGUUAUACCCUCUUUGAAAAAAGAUUUAGGGGCAAAAACACACAUUUUGCUUAUAACUUGAAAAAUUCGUAACUCCUGUCAGAAGCAACUUGGGGACGAACUACUUCAGGGUAUAUCACUUCUAGCUAUGCCCUAUAUAAUCAUCACAUUCUCGGCCUAAAAUGUUUUUAGCACCUCGGGCAGUUCCCUCGUUAGAAAAGAUACUAUUUCGUAUUAUCUAUCCCCAAGAUCUUGAUUAAAACAAAAGUGACACCAUUAACUUAUUAAUAUAUUUUAAAAUUCUUGAAAUUUUUGGAAUUACGCUUAAAAAUUGAACCAUAUAAAGGGCGGAGAUGGAUAUCCCAGCAAAAUAGGCCCUUUUAGAAAAGUAUUUCAGAAAACACUUAAAACUAAGAAAAAAUUCAUCCUCUUUCAACACUACCACAUUCUCAAUGCAUAAAAACAAUUUUUCUUAACGAUUCUUAGUGCACUGCUUCACAUAAGCAAACAACCCACUGACAAGUGAUUUAUACCUGUGUUUGCAGCAUCGAAUGUCCAUCAUAGUACGUUUCACUCACACAUUGUACGAAUGAAAAACCGCUGUUUUUUCAGGGUAGACGCAACUUUUCAAGGGCUAGAAAAUUAUGUCAAAAUAUACAUAGAAAUAUGCUGCGACCAGAAAUUUUCAAAGAUCACAUUGCCCCAACCCUAUGGAAAAGGGGGUCCAUUUUAGAGAAUGGCCCCUGAAAUCUCAUGUAUUGAAGAUUACCCCAUGCCCAUUUUUUCAGGGUAGACAUAACUUUUGGAUUACUAGAAAAUGAUGUCAAAAUAUACAUAGAAAUAUGCUGCGAUCAGAAUUUUCCAAAGACCACUCUGUCCCAACCCUAUGGAAAAUGGAGUCCAUAUAAGAAGAUGGUCUCUAGAAUCUCCAGUAUUGCAGAUGACCCCACCUCCAUUUUUGUACGGUAUAGGGAUGCAACGGUGAUGAUCAUUCACCGGUUAACCGUCACCAUUUCACCGGUCCAAAACGAUAACCAUACUUAGAGUUAUCGGUCCAACUACGAUAACCAUAGGCACAGUUUUCGGUUCAAACCUGUUGUCAAGAAAAACAGAAUUUUUUAAGAAAAUAACUAUAUUUUAUAAAGGUUGACGAAAGUAAAUCGGGGUCGAAGAAUCCGAAUCUGAAGUUGGGUUUUGAAAAUUUUGAGUUUUAGUUCUGCACAUCUGAUCUGUUUCAGGGAUAAAGUUUUCUAGAAAACGAACGACUUUGCAGGAGCGGUUUAGUCUUGGAAAGAAAAACUUGAAAAGUUCAAGAAUCUGAUUUCAGAUUUGGAUCCCUCAAUCCCGAUUUCUGUCGUCAAUCUUUAAAAAAUAUCAUUAUUUUUCUAAAAAACCCUUUCAUUUGUCGGAAAAAUUCACUUCAAAAUUUUCAAAACUGGCUUCAGAUUCGGAUUCCGCUACCUCGAUUUCCUUCGUCAAUCUUUAUAAGGUAUCGUUAUUUUCUUGAAAAAUGCUGUUUUUCCCGACAACGGGUUUGAACCGGCAACUGUACCAACGAUUAUGGUACUUGGACCGGUAUCCGUGCCUACGGUUUUCGGUUUGGACCGGUGAAACGGUGACGGUUAACCGACGAAUAAUUCUCACCGUUGCAUUCCUACCCGGUCAGACAAAAAUUUUGAAAAACGCGUUUAAACGCCCAGUCGCGGUUUUCGAUUGUGCGUUCAAACGCGUUUUUCAAAAUUUUUCUGUGAUUGGAUAUACGCUGCAAGAAGAGAGACAGGGUGAGCUGCAAUACUGGAGACUCCAGCGACCAUCUUCUUAUAUGGACCCCAUUCUCCAUAGAGUUGGGGUAGCGUGAUCUUUUGAAAUUUCUGAUCGCAGCAUAUUUCUAUGUAUAUUUUGGCAUCAUUUUCUAGCAAUCCAAAAGUUAUGUCUACCCUGGGUAGGUAUGGGUGUAGGCUGUGUGUGGAUGGACGAAUAUUUUUUCUUUGAUCCCAUACCCCCGCCUCCACCCACACCCACACCCACACCCACCCCC